AUGAAUAAUUUCGAUAAUUUUCUACCAAUAAUUUCUGAUUCAAAUAUGUUCAAUCCAAUACAUUCAUCUUAUCUUGAACCAUUAAUAUGGAAUCAAACAAAUCAAACAACAAUUGCACAUACUCAUCAUCCAUUUUUAUAUGUUAUAGCAAUAUAUGCUUUACUUCUCAUUAUUAUUGGAACAAUAGGAAAUAUUUUAACUAUAAUUAUUCUUCUUCGACCUAUGUUAAGAAAAUAUACAACAAUGCGUUAUUUAAUAGCAGUAGCUACAGCUGAUCUUUGUUCAUUAUAUUCAUGGAAUUUAAAUUUAUUCUAUAAACAUUUAGUUAAUCCAUAUCAAAAUGAUCUUGAAGAUUUAUCAAUUAUAUCCUGUCGUAUUAUAUCAUUUAUUGCAUUUGUUAGUUUAGAAUUGUCAUCAUGGUUUUUAACAUUAGUUAGUGUAGAUCGAUGUCUUAGUAUACAUUUUUUAUUUUGGCCUCGAAAAAUGGGUCGAGCUAAUUAUGCUGUUUUUAUUAUUCUUACUGUUACAGUAACAAUAAUAUUAACUAAUAGUCAUUUAUUUUUUCUGAAUGGAUAUCGAGAAAAAAAUUGUAUUCCAUUUGAAAAACGUACUUGCAUUAUUUGUUAUUCAAAUCUUAAUGAUCCAUAUUAUAUAUUUCCAAAAUGGGAAAAAAUACAUGUUAUUAUUUAUAAUCUUAUACCUUUUUCAAUAAUGCUUAUUUCAAAUUGUUUUAUAAUACGUCGUGCUGUAACACAAACAUCAUUAAUUACAACUAGAAGAAAUUGUAGUCUAAUUGAUCGACAACGUAAACAAAAACAAUUAACAUAUCUUCUUUUAUUUGUUACUUUUUUAUUUGUUUUAUUAACAACACCAGUUAUGAUUUAUAAUGUUUUUUUAAGAAAUUAUAUAGCAAAAAGAAAAUUAAUGAAAUAUAUCUUACAUGGAAUACUUUUGUGUAUGCAAUUUACAAGUCAUGCAAUUAAUUUUUUUAUUUAUUGUAAUGGUUCAUCAAAAUUUCGUUAUGAACUUAAUGAAUUUUUAACAAAUUGUGUAUUCAAAAAGGAAAUUAGAACUUUAAGAAAAUUUUAA